AACUUGCUGAAAAAGAACCAUUUCUAUUAAAAUUUAAUUCAACAAGCCUUUAUAGCAUUAUCAUAUUUAUGAAUAUAUAAUAUCAACUUUUUACUUUAAACUGUAAUGAUUUUAUUAAUUAUCUAAGGCAGUUUUUCUCAUCUUUUUUGUACCCCCAUAUAAGACUCAAUUACCCCCCUUAAUCGACAACAAAUAGGCUAUGUUGCUUUCGACUCUGGAUAUCAUAUGAAAAAUCAUUAUGUUGAUUAUCAAUAACUUUGGAUGAAAACAAAGUAGCAAAUAUAUUCGGUGCUCACUUGCAUUUUCUCAAUUGGAAAGUUUAAUUAAUAACAUUGUUGUUUUAGUUAUUUUAUUUUUGUUUUAUAAGCAUAAUCGAAAUCCUUCAAAGUACCACAGUUUGGGAAUCACUGCUUUAACGUUUAAAUCGAAAUACAUGAAAUAGCAUUAAUCUGUAAUCUUUCCAAUUCAGCCAAAAUAAAUAUAAAAAUGUAAGUUAUAAUAAAAGCUAGAUUAUAAAUUGGGUUGAGCGCGUUUUUGUUUUUGUUUUUUUCAACUGACGCUGCUGGUAACCAUAACAACAGUUCAAGCACAGUCCAUUUUGAGCAUUUUCAGGCAGUAUGUCGAUGAAGAGAGAUAAGUCGGUAUCACUUUUAUUAUUGCUUAUCACAAAUAUAACACAAAAACGUUAGUAUAAGGACAGUUAAGUUUUUAAAAGUCUUUAUCUGUGUUAAAGGCGCCAAAUUAUAAACUGCGUUGCUGGUGAGUGGUGACAAACUUUAAUUUAACAGAUUGCGCACGGAAAAUACCUUUCCACAUUUACUAGCAAUAGAGCUUUAAAUUAUUAAUUUAUUAAAGUUAAUAGUCGACGCUUUUGAAAGGCAUUGUAGCUAUAAUUUGAACACUGCGGGCAGUUAUGUAGUAUUAAAUUAAAUGUAAACAUUUUUGCUUUUACAUGGUUUUACUUUGUCUAAGCGUCAGGGUUUUUGUUCUGCCUUUUAUUUUAACCUUUUUUUUUUUUUUUAAAUGUCAAAUAUGCACAGUUAAAUACUAAAGUCCUUUUUUAUUCUCAGCACAGUGCUUUCAAUCUCACAAAAACCCGAGUGUAGGCUACUUCUUUCUGCCUAUCAGUCGCGCUCGCUUUGUGCUCUCACCGAACUCCAAGCCAACAUCGGGUUGUCCAAUCAGUGUUGAGAACGGUCUUAUCUUCUGAAUAUUAAUGAGCAUUUCCAACCAAUCACGAUGUGGGAGCGCUGCGCAUGAGAGUGUUUAGUUGCGCGUUUUCCAACAGCAGCAUAAAAGUGUUUGUGUCUAUUGGAGUUCGCACUGAUGGCGAAGGUGACUUGGUGGUGGUGGGACGUUUUUGUUCGUACCUGCGACUUAAUGGAUACAUAAAAGGAGCUUGUGAAUUUUAAAAAGCGCCGUUUGUGGAUUACAUACGCUAGAUAUUAGAUGUAGUGGACCGGUAUGAGUCGUCUUUGUCCUAACGUUCAGUUCGGGACUUGUUGAAUGAAGUGGACAUGGAUAACACCGGUUGUGGAAUACAUGCAGUUUACCAUUUCUUCCUUAUAUGGCUCUCAGUUUGCCCUCUGUGCUCUCAGGGAAGUUGGAUGUGGUUGGGCAUCACAUCUGUAGGAGUGCCUGAGAAGUUGGGUUGCGCGCAUUUGCCCCUGUCUCACAAGCAGAAGGAGCUGUGCGCGCGCAAACCGCACCUUCUACCGAGCGUUAAAGAGGGCGCGCGCCUGGGCAUCACCGAGUGCCAAACGCAGUUCAAACACGAACGCUGGAACUGCUCGACCCGACGGGACCCAAAAGUGUUCGGCUACGAGCUCACCAGUGGGACAAAGGAGACAGCAUUUAUCUACGCAGUAAUGGCUGCCGGGUUGGUUCACGCAGUCACUCGCUCUUGCAGCGCUGGAAAUAUGACAGAGUGCUCGUGUGAUACAAGCCUGUUGGGCACCGGUUCGCCAACAGAGGGCUGGCACUGGGGUGGGUGCUCCGAUGACAUCGCCUUUGGGACUUUGUUCAGCCGUCGCUUCAUCGACAAUACGGUAAAGAAUACGUCAGCCCGUGGUGAGGAUGCCCUGCUCACUAUGAACCAGCAUAACAGCGAGGCUGGGAGACAGGCGGUGGCUAAAACAAUGUUGACAGACUGCCGCUGUCAUGGCGUGUCGGGUUCGUGUGCUGUAAAGACGUGUUGGCGCACAAUGGCUGCAUUUGAGCGUGUGGGUGCCUAUCUGAAGGAGCGCUACGAGACCAGCGUUCAGGUGGUGGACCGUUCCAAACGUAAGGUGCGACGUAAGGACAAAGACCAACGCCACAUGCCUAUCACCAAAGAGGAGUUAAUAUUCCUCAACAAAUCACCAAACUACUGCUUGGAGGACCGACGGUUGGGCGUGACGGGGACCAGGGGCCGCCGGUGUAACAGAACUUCAGCUGGGCCGGACGGCUGCAACCUGCUGUGCUGCGGGCGGGGCUACAACACGCAUGUGGUACGACACGUAGAGCGCUGUGAAUGUAAGUUCGUCUGGUGCUGUUACGUUCGGUGUCGACGCUGUGAGACGAUGAACGACAUGCACACUUGCAAGUAGAGCAACUACUUGGGGAUGGUUGGAAAGAUCUGAGACGAGACCUCGUGAGAGGAAGUGGACCAUACAAACAAGCAUGUUGACAAAAUAUCCAUGGCAACCAGCAAUCCACAGCGGAAACCAGGGAGAAUUGUUAUAAUCCCCUUUAAUUACACAUGCGUAACUCUUCCCAUGGGCUUCAAACGGGAAUCAAGCCAUUUUGUAUAUAAUGACUGUGGAAUAUAACUGGAGCAUAAAGGGAAUACUGACAUGCAGAGAAAAGUGUAAAUAGAUGGGGUUUUUGGAUUUAUAUUGAGGGCUCCUUCAGUUAAAGGAUUAGUUCACUUCAGAAUUCAAAUUCCCUGAUAAUUUACUCACC